AUGGAAGGGAUUGGACUCCGAAGUUGCGGAGAGGGUAUUCUCCGUCUCGGAUUUAUGGUACGCCGUGGCGUCGGUGGCCGGAAUCCGAUUCUCAGACGAGCUAUGGUGAUAAAGAUGAGGGACCGUAGCAAGAACAGGAAACCAUUGCAGAGAGGUCGGAUGCUCAGCAUAGAAGCGAUUCAAGCGGUUCAAGCUCUGAAGCGAGCCAAUCCUCUACUUCCUCCUCCUCCUUCUUCUUCUUCCACGUCUUCGUCUUCCACACCGAUGCUUGAUCGCGUAAUCAGUUCCAAAUUCCGCCGGCUUUUGAAAUUCGAUAUGGUCGCCGUUCUCAGGGAACUCCUUCGCCAGAACGAGUGCUCUCUAUCUCUCAAGGUGUUUGAAGAGAUUCGAAAGGAGUAUUGGUACAAGCCUCAGGUGAGAUUGUACGCAGAUAUGAUCACGGUAAUGGCGGAGAACAGUUUGUUGGAAGAGGUCAAUUAUCUCUACUCAGCUAUGAAGUCAGAAGUGGGAUUAAUAGCUGACAUUGAAGGCUUCAACACUCUGUUGGUGAUUCUUCUGAACCAUAAGCUGUUUGAUCUUGUCAUGGACUGCUAUGCCUUUAUGCAGUCAAUUGGGUACGAGCCUGAUAGGUCUUCUUUUAGAAUUCUAGUCCAAGGUCUUGAAUCCAAUGGGGAAAUGGGUUUAUCGGCUAUUGUUAGGCAAGAUGCUCAUGAGUAUUAUGGUGAAUCGUUAGACUUCGACGAAGAAAAUGAAGAGAUCUCUAGUGGGAUUGGUGUGUUUGGUCUAACAAUGUAA